GCAUGUUUAAAAAUCGAUUGAAAAUUGUUUAAUUUGUUUGACGUUUAAUAGGUAAAAAUUUAACUUUACGGAUUUUCUGAUGAAUCAGAGAGAGUAGUUGACGUGUCUUUUAACAAGCUUCGUACCACUCCGUACAUAAAUAAUAUUUUUGAUUAUCUCUAAAAUAUAAACAAUUUAAAUUCAUUAAUUGAACACUCAUGCGCAUAGAGUUGUGACGUGAUUAUUUACAAGGUUUGUUGUGGUUUGAUUUUGACAUUCCGGUGUGCGAUAUUCGAAUUCGGGUGUAAACAAUUUUCGCCUAGAUUGUUUUUGUGAAAAACUGUUUAGUUUUCCGACAAUGGGUAAUAUUCAUACAGUAGGACCUAAUGAAGCUUUAAUUGUCUCAGGUGGAUGUUGCGGUUCCACCAAACGAGUUACCACAGUGGGCGGCUGGUCGUGGGCCUGGUGGCUGGUCACCGAUGUUCAGCGAUUAUCUCUAGAAGUGAUGACACUAAAUCCUCAAUGCGAUAGUGUCGAAACGUCUCAAGGGGUACCGCUGAGCGUUACCGGUGUUGCCCAGUGCAAAAUUAUGAAGGCCGACGAAUUAUUGCACACUGCCAGCGAACAAUUUCUGGGAAAAACUGUGAAGGAAAUUAAAAUGACCGUUUUGCAAACCUUGGAAGGUCACUUGAGGGCUAUAUUAGGAACUCUUACAGUGGAAGAAGUGUACCGGGAUCGAGACCAGUUUGCAGCCUUAGUUCGGGAGGUAGCCGCGCCCGAUGUAGGUCGCAUGGGCAUCGAGAUUUUAUCUUUCACUAUCAAGGACGUUUAUGACGACGUACAAUACCUCGCAUCCCUGGGGAAGGCGCAAACUGCCAUGGUGAGAAGAGAUGCUGACACGGGCGUUGCCGAGGCUAAUAGGGACGCUGGUAUAAGGGAAGCGGAAUGUCAAAAAUCUGCGAUGGAUAUUAAAUAUUCUACCGACACAAAAAUUGAAGAUAAUUCUCGAAUGUUUAAGCUGCAGAAGGCAAAUUUUGACCAAGAAAUUAAUACUGCCAAAGCGCAAGCGCAGUUGGCUUACGAACUACAAGCGGCCAAGAUUAGACAAAAAAUACGUAACGAAGAAAUUCAGAUUGAAGUUGUCGAAAGAAAGAAGCAAAUCGAAAUUGAAACUCAGGAAGUGCUUAGGAAAGAACGAGAACUAAAUGCUACUGUCAGACUUCCGGCUGAAGCUGAGAGCUUCAAAGUGCAGAUGUUGGCAGAGGGAAAAAGAACGCAAACUGUCCAGAAAGCUCAAGCUGAGAGCGAGAAGAUUAAACUGAUUGGAGCUGCCGAAGCAUCAGCCAUAUCUAACAUAGGUAAAGCAGAUGCUGAACGAAUGAAAAUGAAAGCUGCAGUUUAUAAGCAAUAUGGCGACGCAGCUAUUAUGAGCAUUGUUCUUGAAGCACUACCGAAGAUUGCCGCCGAAAUAUCCGCUCCUCUAGCCAAAACAGAAGAAAUCGUGCUCAUUGGUGGAAAAGAAACGACGACAGGAGAAAUCGCCCGUUUGAUUGGACAGAUUCCGCCCGCGGUGAAUGCUCUCACGGGCGUCGAUCUUUCUCAAGUGUUGGGUAAAAUCCCCGGAGCGACUCAAAAUACUGUCGCUCCAGUUAAAUAACGUGUCUGUGUUGGUAAAUGGAACAAUAUUCCAAUUACAAUAAAUAUUAUAAUAGAUCAUACCAAAUAAACUUUUAGUCACGUGAUUAAGCUUGACCGGCACAGCGUUGUCCACUUUUACAUAUUUUCUUUUGAUCAAAAUAUUUUAGGAAACAAAAAUAAAUUAAUUAUAAAUAUAUAAACAGUUAUUAUUUACUCUAUAACAGCACUUAAGAGACAAAAAGGGCAAUUAUUACCGCUUUCCCGUUCAAAAUAUUCUAAGAAGGUUGCGAUUAUUAAACUGCUUCGGCAUCUUGUACACUUCGCACUACAAGCGGUUCUAAAAGGAACAAUUUUCGACUGCAAUGUCUGCUAGUAAAAAAUGUUUGGCUUAAAGUAUUACAAUUCAUUUAAACCGAAAACUCGUAAUACAAAACUAAAGUGUCAAAACAAAUCAAAAUGUCAGGAAAUAAAUAAAUGUGGCAAAUUGGCAUUUUUUACAGCAGAGCUACCACCUGAAUCGCCAGCGGGAAAUUUAAAUUCCAAUUAGUCAGUCCGGUGCCGAAUAUGGCUCUGUUCCCAGAAGAAUCCCUGACUAGUCAGCGCAUUUCUCAUUGGUUGAAAUGUGUAGAAACCAGACUAACAAUCAGGUUUCUAGACAUUUUAACCAAUGAGAAACGUGCUGACUAGUCUGGGAUUCUUCUGGGAACAGACCUUAUGUCGAUGGUUAAUAUUCGCGCCCUGGAUGACGUAACUAAAAGUUUAUUUGGUAUCGAUUAUAUAAAUGUUGUUCUCUGUAUUAUUAUUCUUUAAAUGCAUUGUGUGUUUGUUUUAUAAUGUAGUACAGUUUUAUAAUGGGUUUGUCAUUUAUAAUAAAUAUGUGUUUAAUCA